UCAGGCAACACAACGGUAGCCAUUGUGUCGAUAAUAGUUUGUGUCGAACGUCGAGGCAUAUUUUUGUGAGCUUUUUAUAUGAAUUAUUCAAUUUGACACCGAAAUCAAAUGAAAUAGAAAUAGUGCUUCUGUGUAAUAUUCUCGUAGCGGUUAAUAUAGUGAAUUAGCGUAAAAAUGGGUAACGAAACUUCAUUGCCCAUGGAGAUGUGCUCCAAUUUCGAUGCGGAUGAAAUCCGACGUCUUGGCAAGCGUUUCCGAAAAUUAGAUCUCGAUAAUUCGGGUGCGUUAAGUGUCGACGAAUUUAUGUCGUUACCAGAACUGCAACAAAAUCCACUGGUACAACGUGUUAUCGAUAUAUUCGAUGCGGAUGGGAACGGGGAGGUAGAUUUUAAGGAAUUCAUUCAAGGAGUUUCGCAAUUUAGUGUUAAAGGUGAUAAACUAUCGAAAUUGAGAUUUGCCUUCCGCAUCUAUGACAUGGAUAAUGAUGGAUACAUAUCAAAUGGUGAAUUGUUUCAGGUGCUGAAAAUGAUGGUAGGAAAUAACCUUAAAGACACACAACUCCAACAAAUUGUAGACAAAACAAUUGUUUUUGCCGAUAAAGAUGAGGAUGGUAAAAUAUCUUUCGAUGAGUUCUGUUCGGUUGUUGGUAACACAGAUAUUCAUAAAAAAAUGGUUGUUGACGUUUAAGUUCAAAUUUAUUAAAAAUAAUAUAUAUUAUUCUUUUUUACUAUCUCUUAUUUACACAACAAAGCAAAAGCUGAAAAAUGAGGAAAAAAAUAUAAAUAAUUUAUUGCAUUGUUCAUUUUUUACAUUUUAUAUAUAAAUUAUAUAUAAAUAAAUAUUAAAAAAUAAUAAAAUAUAUUAAAGAAUAAACAAUGAAAAAUGACAAAAAUAAUAGAUCAACAAAUCAAAGAAUGGAGUAAAAGAAUUGACAUAUUAUACCUAAUUUGUGUGAGACAGAAGGAACACUCAAGCAAAAAUGAGGUAAUUCAUAUAUGAAAUUUUAGGUCUGUAAUUAUCAUUUGCCAUUUUUUCAAGAUCAUUGUGUAAUAUAUUGAAAUAUAUCUUUACAUUUACAUCUAAUGUGUUUGUAAAUUUUUAUUAGGCUAAUAGAAAGGUGAAAUGAAUAAAAGUCGUAUAUUGCGUAACUCUAACUUUUGUAGUUUUGACCACACAAUAGUAAUUCGAAUUACUUUUCAUUUACUAACUCUAACGUAGUCAGACAUGUAUUACAAAUACAAUACUUAAGAUGUAUGUUUAGUCGGGGUUAUGUUUUUUAUGCUUUUAUAAAUGAAGAACAGUUGUAAUUGAUUACUUAAAGUGUAUAACAAACUAAUUAUAUUGAAUUAAAUUAAUUGAUCUGAUAUUCUAGUCAAUAAUAAGUACCACUAUUAUACAUUAUAAUGAUUUCUAUCGGGAUUUUAUCAUGUCUUGUUUUAUCAGAGGGAGAUUUUGAUGGUGUGUUCUUUCCUAAGUGAAACCUAUAAAUGAGACUUUUAAUUGUGAACACAACUGAAAUGACAACCGAUUUUUUCUCGAAUAACAAAGAGGAAAUAGUAAAAUAUGAAAUGAACAAAGCAAACAUAGUGUAUUACUCUGCAGUGUAUUAUACAAUGUGAAGUUUUUAUUAACUAAUUUAGCCGGUCUGACAGAAAAGAGGAAUAAAAUGAGAAUUGCAAGUCAGGUGGUUGUGUCUUGAGUGGUCCUCGAAUAGUAACGGCAGAAGUGUACAUUUAUUUAGAAUUUUUCUUUUAUUUUGUUCAAUUGUUUUCUAAUAAAUAAUCUAAAAAUGUAA